UAUGAAUCCUAUUGACACAAGAUAAAUAUUGAAUUGGGAUUAAGUGAAGGUGCAUCUACAACCCAAUUUAUGUAUAGAAUGCUAAUUGGUUCCUUAAUAACCUCUUUAGUGUUAUAGAUGUUCAAAAUUACUAUGCUAGACUUGUCAUGGAGAUCUAAAAUAGAAAUCAAGAGGGCCAAAAAUAUUUUGUUAGAAAUGCAAAGCACUCAAUUAUUUCAAUCCUGCUAAUAAUGCUAUUUAUCAGAGUUACAGGGAUAUGAUAAUAGGAUGUGUAAAUAGACGAUAUGGUUGUAAAGUGACACUGGACUACAAGAAAUAUUAGAAGCAUGUUGAAGAAUGUGAGUUUUAACGUAUUCCAUGUCCAUCACCAGGUUGUUUUGUUACAACAUUAAAACGAGCAAAGGGCGAUCAUUUAUAGGUAUGUGAAUAUGUGAUAGAAACAUGUUAAUAUUGUAAUAAGUAAUUCAAUCGUAAAUCAAUGACUUAUCAUCAAGUAUGAAUUUGUUAUAAUGAAAUGAUAGGAAAAAUGUAAUGGAAAGGAUGUGUAACAGAUUGAUUUGGCAUCACUAAAGUCGGACUUCCUACGACUGAGGAGUAAAUUGGAUGCAGCCAUUUCAUAAUUCGAAUAAUCAGCAGAAAUUGCUAUUUUAGAAUAGAAGGUAAUCAAAUAGUAGUUAGAGAUCUAACAAUUGAAGAAUAAUAUUAAUUAAUGAGUUAUUAAGAAUAUGAUUCUCUUCGUACAAGACGAAUGUAAGUCUUUACAAUAGUAGGGCAUUUUCACUACAUAAGCAACGAUUAGCCAGUAUCAAGGGAUACGAGAAUAAGUAAAUAUCUAGUGUUGUGGCCAAAGUUGAGAGAAUGAGAUCUGAAUCUAUUAACAGACGUAAGUAGGUAGAAUAAUAACAGCUUGGAGAAGAAAAUCAACGUUUAAAGUAUUUAGGUUUUCUAUAACUAUAGAAUUAAGUUAUUAGAAAUAGCAAAUGAAAAGAAGGCAUUAUCUUAACAGGUCAAAUUAUGUUAAGCAAAAAAGAAGUUAUCAGAAUUAUUUAGACAUUAAUAGAAUAUGAUGGAGAAUCUUAUAUUGAUGAAAAAGAUAACUAAUGUGUAUUUAUUUAAGUUCAUUUAGAACAUCAUCCAUCACCCAUAGAGUCUAAUUAUAAGAUUUUCACUAUAGUAAAUUAAAGUAACUUGAUAGAUAUUUACAAGAUGAUGAAAAGAGUUUUGUUAAGUAAAUAAAUACAUAUAUAUUAUAUAAAGACCUUCAAUUAUUUAGAGUCCUAACCAUUCUUAAUAAAAUUCAUAACAUACUUAACAUACAAAAACUUUGGAUGCCACUCAUAUUAAAUUAUCAGAAUUAAGAGUGUAUUCAAAUGGAUAAUUACUUCAAUGA